AUGAAAUCAGCGAGAAAACGCCGUCUACGCCCUAAGGAAAUUUUUGGAAUUUCAGUGUUUUUCACCUUCUUCUACCUAUUUAUAUGGCCGGUUUUUAGGUACAAACAGAAUGUCGAGCUGGAAUACGGUGAGUUACUGUAACAUUUCUUACUUUGUGGAUAGAAAAACUAUGCUUUGUUUAAUUUUGGUUAAAAUAUUGUAUUUUUAAAAAAUUGUUAUUAUGGAAACGAAAAAAUAUAAUUGACUGCACGGUGCAGUUUAAAAAAAAAUUUUUAAAAAAUCAAUUAGCUGGCCAUUUUUUGUAUAGAUGGUCUUGAUGCCUCUAGCAACUUAGCAAAAAUAUAAAAUUUUUAUAUUUUUUCAAAACGAACUAAGGUUAUAAGUUUCUCUUGCACUGUGCAGUUUAUAAAACUUUUAAGAUUGCACGGUGCAGUUUUUAAAAAUAAUUUUUAAAAAUUAAACAAAUGGUCAAAUUUGUGUCAUUUUUAGUAUAAACUUUAUUAGUGACCUUACCAACGAAGAAAAAAAUCAAUUUUUAAACUAAUUUAACGAAAAACUUCAAAAUUGUAAUUUUCAAUUUUUUUGCACUGUGCAAUCUACAAAUUUAAAAAAACUGCACUGUGCGAUAAAAAAUAGAACUGUGUUAAAAAAUUCAUUUCAGGUCAACGUCUGAUAACAUUUUUGAACCAAACCCAUUAUUUUACGUAUGACACUUCUCAGACCUGUCGAUUUCCAAUAAUCGACCCGUUCGACCCGAGUAUAUUAUCGUAUGUCCGUCAUCCAACAGAGUUGAAAUGUGCAAAAGUUCAACCAAAUUUCGUUACACCAAAGUUGAACCGGCUUUAUUUGGACUAUAAUUUGGCUAGACAACAUGGUUUGAGGGACUUGAAGUAUUCUUUGUUUCGAAGGCAGAAUGGCUCUGAUUAUGGUGUUACAUACGAUCCAUUUAGGGAGUUUAAGGAUACAAUCUCUAUGAAUGUAAGUUUUAUAUGACAAUAGGAUGAGAAGGAUACGAUAUAUAGUUAGGGUAGGGUAGGGUAGCGUAGGAUAGGAUAGGGUAGGAUAGGGUAGGGUAGGGUAGGGUAGGGUAGGGUAGGGUAGGGUAGGGUAGGGUAGGGUAGGGUAGGGUAGGGUAGGGUAGGGUAGGGUAGGGUAGGGUAGGGUAGGAUAGGGUAGGGUAGGGUAGGGUAGGGUACGAUAGGGUAGGGUAGGUUAAAAUAAAGCUAAAGCUUAAUGUUUUAGGGUGCAAAUGGUUGUGUAUUACGUGGAUCAUACGGUGAAAACAAGGCUUAUGUUGAUAUAUUUCCAUCAGUCAAUCCGAUUUUUCCUAAAAAGCCUAAAAACGACGGAAAAUAUCGACCGAAUGUUAUGAUUAUUGGCAUUGAUUCUGUCUCACGGUCCAAUUUUAUUCGAAAUCUACCUAAAACUUAUGAGUAAGUCUAACAUUUUUAAAGUUUAUUAAAAAAUUCUUUAAUUUUAAAAAGUGAAAUUUAAAUUUUCAAAAUCCCGCCAAAUUUGCAAACCCUUGGCAUAAUGUUUCAACCCUAUAUCUAGCCAUUUUCCAAUGUUUUUAAUCAUUUUAGAUACCUGACAGAAAAAAUUAGCGGUUUCGAUUUCCGUGGCUAUGCCAAAAUCGACGACAACACCUCUCCCAAUAUGAUAGCGUUAACGAUCGGUCGAAAAGUGACAGUCAAAUCGUCAGAGCUGCCACUGGAUCCACAAAAGGAGUUUGUUGACAAAUGGCCAUUUAUUUGGAAAAAUUUUUCAAAAAAUGGCUAUACCACCUUGCUAGCCGAGGAACAGCCAGGAAUUUGGUCGUAUAAAGCCAUGGGCUUUAAGUAUCACCCAACCGAUGUGUACUUUCGACCAUUUGCACAUAUCUUGAAUGACAAUCCAAUUUAUAGAAGUUUGUCACCAUAUUGUUACCUAAAUAUGCCUGAAAGUGAGCAUGUCCUACGAGGAAUUGAAAGGUAAGUAGGCCUACCCCAGAGCCCUAGCCCAGAGCCCUAGCUCAGAGCCUUAGCCCAGAGCCCUAGCCCAGAGCCCUAGCCCAGAGCCCUAGCCCAGAGCCCUAGCCCCGAGCCCUAGCCCAGAGCCCUAGCCCAGAGCCCUAGCCCAGAGCCCUAGCCCAGAGCCCUAGCCCAGAGCCCUAGCCCAGAGCCCUAGCCCAGAGCCCUAGCCCAGAGCCCUAGCCCAGAGCCCUAGCCCAGAGCCUUAGACCAAAGCCCAGAGCCUUAGCCUAGUAGUUCUAGCCCUAGCCCAGAGCCCUGGCUCUAGCCUUAGUUAGCCAUAGCUUUAGAUCCAGCUUUAGCCUGCAUCUACUUUAUUUACACUUCCCAGUUUAAUGUACUCUAUGGUUACCUACUCCACUAUGCCCUACUCUUCUCUAUUUAACAUACCUUACCCUGCCUUCUUUAGCCUUCUCUAAUCCACAAUACGUCACUCUGUUUUACCUAUUCGUAUUUUACCCUACUCCACCCACCUCUACUAUCUUCUAUUUCAGUCUGCCCUACACAUUCCUUCCUUCCCUAUUUCAUCCUACCCAACCUUACCCUACCCUAUCACACCUUACUUUACUCUUUCAUUUCCAGAUUCAUUGAAUCCCAGACCUCUCAACAGCUGCCGUAUUUUUUGUUUUCCUUUUUAUGGAAGCUAUCUCAUGAUGACAUAAACAUGAUUGAGAGACUUGACACUCUACUAUCCAGUUGGUUACAGAGAAUACAUACUAGAGGGUUACUACGAGAGACGUUUAUAGUAUUCAUGUCGGAUCAUGGUAAUCGGUUUGAUGACAUUAGGUAAGUAAAAAUGUUAUAACUUUUAAAAAUUAACAGUUGAAAAAAAAAGUUACAGUAUACUAUAUAUUUUUACCACAAUAGAAGUUAUGUUAUGUAAGUUACAGUAUACAUAUAAAAACUAAAAAAACAUUACAGUAGUCUAGUUAGAAAUUACUGUAUUUUGCAAAUAGUUACAGUAUACAAUAUAUGAAACCAAAUAGGUGUUAAGUUACAAUAUACAUAUAAAAAAGUGGAAAAAGUAAGCUAAGUAAAAUUAACUGUAUUUUUAAAAUAGUUACAGUAUACUAUAUAUAAAGAAAUAUAAAAUUUAAGUUACAGUAUACUUGACAUAUGACAAAACAGAGGUUAAAUUACAGUAUUCUUUUAAAAACCAUGCCAAAAGUUACAGUAUACUUAUAAAAAGUGUAUGAAAAGUUACAGUAUGUUAAUCAGAAACUAAUUUACUUACCGUACCUUUGAACUAUUUACAGUACCCCAACUAAAACCUAAUACCAUUUCCAGAUCAACCCUGAUCGGUCGAUACGAAGAAAGAAUGCCGUUUCUUUUUAUACGACCCCCAGAAAGCAUGUUACAAAAAUACCCAGAGGUAAAGCAGAAUCUGGCUAAUAAUCUAUGGCGUUUCACUAACCAAUAUGAUGUUUAUGAAACACUGGCCGAUAUAGUCAAUAACCAAAUUAAUGUAAAGUCAAGAGAAAGCUUCAAGAAUAGAGGACACAGUUUGUUUCGAGAGAUUCCACUUGACCGGUAAGUUAUAUCAGUCAUUUUUUAUAGCUAGCAACAAAGAGACUUUAAUGGUGUUAGAAGAGUAGGAUAGACUUGGGAAGGUUACGGUAGGGCAAAGCCAAGGAAGAGAGAUGUUAUGGUAGCGUUAGGGUAAUAUUCGACCAAGCAUUCAGUAGGAGGGUCAUAUAGGGUAGGGUUAAGUAGGGUCGAGUAGGGUAUAGUGUUAUAAGACAAAGUCAUUGUAAGCUAGUAGGUCAAAAGUGGGCAAAAUUACGAUAAGUUUGCUUAUAGACUUGUUGUAAACUAUUUACAUGUAACAUAGGAUUAAGUCUGAGGUAUCAAAGAUAGGGCUAGGGCUAGAGCUGAAACUAGGGCUCCGGACUAGGGCUCUAGGCUAGGGCUCUGGGCUAGGGCAUGGGCUAGGGUUCCGGCCUAGGGCUCUGGGCUAGGGCUCUGGACUAGAGCUCUGGGCUAGGGCUCUGGGCUAGGGCUCUGGGCUAGGGCUCUGGGCCAGGGCUCUGGGCUAGGACUCUGGGCUAGGGCUCUGGGCUAGGGCUGUGGGCUAGGGCUCUAGGCUAGGGCUCUGAACUAGGGCUUUGGGCUAGUGCUCUGGGUUAGGGCUCUGGGUUAGGGCUUUAGCUAGGGCUCUGGGCUAGGGCUUUGGGCUAGGGCUCUGGGUUAGGGCUCUGGGUUAGGGCUUUAGCUAGGGCUCUGGGUUAGGGCUUUGGACUAGCUCUAGAAAUAUUUUUUAAUUUAAAACUUUUAGAACCUGUAAAGACGCCAAUAUAGACGAGCAUUUCUGUGUCUGUCAAGAAGAACAACCUCUGGACAAGACGAGUAGUAUAGCCAAAAAAGCGGCCGAUGCUGUGAUUAAUGAAAUUAACAAGGAAUUGGAGCUAGUGAAGAGUUUGUGUGUUACAGUAGAAUUGGAAAAUAUUUUGGACGCAAGGCUUUUGAAGGCUAAUGAAAAGGUACCGGUUCACAAAAAAAUUAUUUUUAAUAUUGUAUGGUUAGAGUAGGGUAGGGUAUGGUAGGAUAAAGUAGGGUAAGGUAGGGUAGGGUGAGGCAAAAUUAAAAAAAAUUAAAAACUUUUAAAUUUUAGGUAAAGAACAACAACCGCUGGCACUUUGACCAAUUUAUUGGAGAUUCCAAUAUAAAAUCUGUCAUUUCGUUUGUCCGCCUAACCCUAAAAGCUAAGCCCAACAAUGCUCUGUUUGAAGCCUCUGUCCAGGUGUCUCAGACUGCCACUUCCGAGUCGUAUGCUGUGACAGUUGAUCAAAUUAGUCGGAUUAACAGCUACGGCUUGGCGGCCAAAUGUGUAUCGGAGAAUGUUCGAAAAUUGGAAAAGAUCUGUACUUGCUCGGAGAGCAGUAUUUAG